GAGAGAGAGAGAGAGAGAGAGAGAGAGAGAGAGAGAGACCCCACAAAGAGCACUAAUCUUCACAACCCUAACUCCGAUUUUUCUCACACCUCCCAAUCUCUCUUUCUUUCUCUCUGAUGAAAAGCUAACGGAAAAUGGGGAAAUACAUAAGAAAGAGCAAAAUCGACGGAGCUGGAGCUGGAGCUGGUGGUGGAGGUGGAGGCGGAGGUGGAGGUGAAUCCUCUAUUGCUUUAAUGGAUGUUGUUUCACCUUCUUCCUCUUCUUCACUUGGUGUUUUAACUCGAGCUAAAUCUCUAGCUCUUCAACAACAACAACAACGCUGUCUUCUUCAAAAACCCUCUUCUCCUUCUUCGUUACCACCGACUUCUGCUUCUCCUAAUCCACCGUCAAAGCAGAAGAUGAAGAAGAAGCAGCAGCAGAUGAACGAUUGUGGUUCGUAUCUUCAGCUACGGAGUCGUCGGCUUCAGAAGAAACCACCAAUUGUUGUGAUUCGUUCUACUAAACGGAGGAAACAGCAACGGAGGAAUGAGACAUGCGGAAGAAACCCUAACCCUAGGAGUAAUUUGGAUUCGAUUCGUGGUGAUGGGUCUAGGUCUGAUUCUGUUUCUGAAAGUGUUGUCUUUGGUAAAGACAAGGAUUUGAUUUCUGAAAUCAAUAAAGAUCCAACCUUUGGCCAAAAUUUCUUCGACCUUGAAGAAGAACACACUCAAAGCUUCAACAGGACCACAAGGGAAUCCACACCAUGCAGUUUGAUAAGAAGGCCUGAAAUCAUGACAACCCCGGGAUCGUCUACAAAGCUUAACAUUUGUGUAAGUGAAAGCAACCAGAGAGAAGACAGUUUGUCACGCAGCCAUCGUCGCCGACCAACUACACCUGAAAUGGACGAGUUUUUCUCGGGUGCUGAAGAAGAACAACAGAAGCAAUUCAUUGAGAAGUACAACUUUGAUCCUGUGAACGAACAACCACUACCAGGACGGUUUGAAUGGACGAAGGUAGAUGAUUAGAAACAACAAAAAAAUGGGGGGUUAAUAGUUAAUACAGAAUAUAUUAACAUUUUCCUGCUAAUUAUCGGUUUGAUCUUAUUACCAUCAUCCGUUUUCUUAACUUUUUCAACAUGUAAAGAGCUUAGGAGAAAAAACCCAUGUAGUGUUUUUAAAUUGGUGUCUGUAACAUAAGUGGCUGAAAAGGGUUUGUGUAACAGAACUUGAUACCAAUCCUUUUUAAGCCUAUACAGAUCACCUUAGUAGUAGUACUAAAGCCAUAAGAGAAGGUUUUUAGAAGUAACCCAAAGUCUGUUUAGGGUUUAGCGUUUAGGGUUUAGAGUUCUUUCGGUUUAAGGGUCAGUGUUUUCUUUUAUGAAUUCCGGUACAGGGGGACUCUGCAUUCUCUUAAAACUCUUUGUCCUGUAACCAUUUUAAAAAAUCUAUCCUUUUAUGUGUAUACAUGUACUGAUCUCAAACUCUUUUCAAUAAAGACUUAUCCUUCUCUUUUUUGUUCUCUUCAUCUUAAGUUCUUGUUCUUAUCAUCAUCAUCAUUAUGGUCCAUGUGUUGUGUUCUUCAGACAUAUAACAUCACAAUGACAGGUAGGUAAUACAUGUCUAUAUAUACACAAUUGUAUACUGAUAAUAGAGAGACAGAGAAGCUGUUCGUUAUGGAUAUGGAUAGUGUCUCAUAGUGGUCUUUGUUUUGUCUCUGUCUUCUCACUAAAAUCAAAAGUGUUAGAAAAAGAUUCUCUUUCUCUUUCUCUUGCUCUUGUGUGAGUCCAUUGUACUUUCCACUCUGUGAGAUUUGUGCCCACUAUAUUAUCUUAAAUAUGUAAUUCGUACCCACUCACUACAUAUCAUCAUCAUCAUCAUCAUUAUGGUGAUCGUCUUUUGAUCAAUCAUCGAAACUUCGUCGCGUCUUUGCUUGUCAUAAGAUUCGUUUUCUGAUUGUAUUGAUUUGAGUCUACACACGACAACGUUUUGAAUGAAACAGUCCAUAGUUGUCAACUUGCCACAGAAUCCAUUCCAAUCUUUACUUAAAUGAAAUUUAUUGCUCUCGAAGUUACAAGUAUCGAACUUUGUGUCUGCGGUUGCGACUUCUUGCGGCCAAAGCGGUAAAGAGGUACAAAAAGAGGGUCCUACAGUUGCAGAAGAGUUUUUGGAUUCUUCGUGUGGAUAUGUUUUUGUGAGCUCAAGUCACUAACUGCCACACACUCUAUCAAGUAACUGCCAAAACAAACGUCUCUUUCUCUUUGGAAUUCGUAAUCUGUUGUUUUUGUUUCUCCUUUUCUCAAAGUUAAUUAAGUGUUCUCUUAAGCAUUCAAUUAGUAAGAUCAUGGCCUUGUUUUGAUAGUUCCUUGGUUACUUUUCUUCUACAGAUCUCAAACAAUACUAAACCAGACUUUCA